CCUGUCCCUGAAGUAAAAACUGAAAAGUAUCCAGCACUAGAACCUGUCAGCAAAAUUUCUGCUUCAUCGCCUGAUGUAUCCGUAGCUGCCGAAACAGCAGCACCCAGUCCACAACCGGCCACAGCCAUGUUGGAUGCUCCUCCUGUUACCAUCCCAGCAGUAAAAGUUGAGAUGGAAAAGCAUCAGCAACAAGAAGAAAAGGUUUGCGUCCAGAUGGAAACUGCCAUGGCAACACCUCCUGAACUUAAAGGACAACCUGCUUUGCAAGACAGACCUCCUGUUUGUCCAGUACCAACAACCACAGCUGGAUCUGCCUUUUCUGAUUCUAUGGAAGUGGCGUCAGCUGACACAGAUGUGAAUGAGACCGAGAAGCUUAAAACCGAGGUCGCUGCAGACGUGACCGCUUCUCCUGAGGGAAGUGAAAACGUGAAGGAAGAGCCGUCACCAUCUGUUACGUCCGCAGAUAAACAAACCAUCCCCGCUGCGUCCGCUGCCACCAGUUCAGUCGCAGCUCCUGCCAAGCUUGAAAACGCCGCAGAAUUUCCUCCAUUUAACGAAGACAUGUUCAAGGCGUUGACGUCGGCACUUAAACAACACAGACUCGCUAAAGAAAGCCGGACAAAAAGCGACGACAAAGAGAGUGCCAACAUAAGCAAAGCAGCUUGUGUUAAAAGUGCAAAGGAGGAGGACAAACAACACGCAGAGAGUGCCAACAUGAGCAAAGCAACUUGUGUUAAAAGUGCAAAGGAGGAGGACAAACAACACGCAGAGGCACAGGACGUCCAUAAAGAAGAGGAGUCAGAUAUUUUUGAUGAGUUUGAGUUUAACUUUGAGGAAUUUGUGACUGUUGACGAAAUUAGUGAAGACAUGAGCGAGGCGGCUACAGACGAUGGCUCCUCCAUACCUAAACAACCCCCUACCAAAGGAACAGAGGGGAACAGCUCAAAUGUGUCCCCUGUUGCCAAAAAGACCUCAUCUAAAGACUCUGCUUGCUCCACGUCGUCGUCCAAAUCUACAAAACGCAGCUCGUCUUCUCGUUCCACCUCUGAAUCGGACAAAAAGCAGAAUCGCUCGUCUGAGCACGCCAAAACUAAACCUACAGAGUCUGUUGAAGCCUCGGCUUCCUCUGGUCAGAAAGCUCAACCAAGCAGGACGAAGUCUUCUGCCAGAGCAUCACAGUCUUCAUCCACAGGUCGAAGUACCCGUUCAUCGUCAUCUUCGUCAGUGUCUGUCAAGGCAGGAACCCGUCUGUCACAUGAAAAGGAGGCUAAACCUCCAGAGCGUGCAGCGAGACAGUCUGGCCACAAGGAGUCAGCAGAGAGCGAUGCUGCAAAAACAGUCGAGUCAGAGACAAAACCCAAAACGUCAGGGAUGGAUGCAGCUGCACAAGGACAGAAGUCAGAGUCACCUACCCAGACCCAGAGCCUGGAGUCUGAUUUUGAAGACAAAGCUGCCAAAGACUUGAAGAAAAGUAAAGAAAAAGAAAAUGUUGUCGGUACCACAGAGGAAAGGGGAGAUUACAAUGAGAAUGACAGAACGAUGCAUUCACUUGAUGAGAAAACCGAUGACCAGGCAAACAUGGAAGAAGACAACCGCAACAACAAAACCAAGACAACCGGACCUGAGGAAGACCGUGUUGAUAACGAUGGCAAAAUGGCUCCAGAGGACCACAGGGAAAUGGAGAUCGAUGUCCAAGUGUCUGACAGUGCUGGUAAAAACCAGGCUGCUACAGCUGACGAUAAAGACGAAGAUUCAGCUGUGAUUCAGGCGGAGGAAGUUGUUCAGAGCUCUGACAAACCGUCCGAUACGGCCGAUAAACAUCAAGCUCUAGAUCAAGUUACAAGGAGCGUGGAAGAUGGAACGAAAGGAAAACAAGAGCAAGAAAUUAUUUCAAAAGCAUUGAGUGAAACCUCUAAAGAUGUCGACCAGACGUCUGACGACCAGCUUCUAGAAAAUGAUGACGGGAAAGAAUCUGAACAAGAAGUCUUGGAGACGAUGAAUUCAGCUGAUGGUCGGACCGUACCUGAAGGCGAAGGCCAGAAACCAGGAACUCCUGGUGACCAGAUCUUUAAAGCAGAUAUUGGCUCAACAGAGGAGGUGGAGGAGGAGGUUUACCAAAUAAUAGAUUCUUUAGAGGAUCAGCCAACAGAAACGGAAUUAGAGACUGACAAGAAACGGCAAACAAGGAAAGGCAAAACAACUUUAAGAGAAGGUAGACCAACCAGGAGUGGUUGCUCAAGAAGCCGAACAUCUAAAAAUGAAGAUGAAGGAAAAUCGUCCAAAAAACUGGACAAAACAGUUAAAAAGUACGAGACUCGAACAAAGGACAGCACGACGGGCAAAGAGAAAAAGACCGAUCAGAGUAACGAGGAGAAAGUCUUUGAGCUAGUGGACUCCGCUGAAGACAAAUCUGUUCAAGAAGCUUCAGAAUGUUCUGAUGGAAGGCAAGGUGAUGGUGAGAAGACGGUGACCUCCAUAGAAAUGUCUGAACAAUCUGACAAGGAAGAGGAAACGAUGUACAAAAUCUUAGACUCUGUGGAGGACGAGGCUGUCGGUGACAAACCAGCUCUGACACGAUCCAUCAGGGGAAGAAGUAGAAGAACGGCUGAGCAAGAUGCUGAAAAAGACACGAAACAGGACAAGACCCGCACAAGGAGGAGGCACACGCCAGUCACAGAUGCACCUGAAACCAGUGGCGUUCCACCAAAGGAAGCCACACCAGCAAAGAACAAGGGUGCUGUCGUAAAGGACACAAGCGAAGAGGAGACGGCUUACGAAAUAUUAGAUGCUGUAGAGGAGGACGUGGUUGAGGAGAUCCAGUCAUCAUCACAAAAACCAAGGAGAGGAAGAUCUAAGAAGACCCCCACUACAAAACAAGCCGCUGCUUUGAAAAAGGUUGAUACAAGUGAAGCAGCUGAAGAAGAAACGUACCAGAUCCUUGACUCUGUGGAGGAUGAUCAACCUGCCAAAGGUCAGGCUGAGAAGACAGGAACCUCAUCGAUUAAGUCGCCCAGAAACGAGUUGGAAGAAGAGGCUUUUUAUCAGGUUGUAGAUUCUGUGGAAGAUGAUCAACUUGUGUCCUCAUCCAAGGAAACAUCAGGACGAGCCGAGAACGAGGACAGUCUGCUUCAGUUGGCUGAUGAUGUCGAGAAGGUCAAGCAUGACCCACCUGCACAUACAGGGAGGAGGACGAGCACACCAGCGUCAAAGAAGACACGGAAAUCCAAGAAAAACGACUCGACUUCAACAAAUCUACUCGUCCAACUGGACGUAGCGAGUGAGGUGGAGGAUCGCCUCGAUACAGCUACAUCAGAAAAACAAGAGGGAAAACAAACAUCUGCCAGAGAGCCAGGAAGUGAGCGCAGUGAGAGGGAAACUAGGGAGCGAAGGAGCCGAAGCAGCAGCAGCAGAAGAGGAGACGGUAGGAAAACCAUGAGCAGAACGAAGGAGGAGCGGCAGGAGAGUGAGGAGAAGGUGGAGGCAGAGCUGCAGGAGCUGGUGACUGUGGAUGAGGUGGGAGACGAGACCGGAGAGGAAGGGGUGACUGAUGCUCCGAGUUCUGACAGGGAGGUCCUGGAAGGAGAACUGCAAGAUCUUCUUACUCUGGACGAGAUCGUUGAAGAGGAGAAUGAAAAGGAAGAGCACAAGCUCGAGGCUCUCUGCCUGGAGAACCAAUCCGUGGCCUCCUCAAAGCCACAGACUUUGUCAACUUCAGGUGAAGCAGACGACGAGGAUACGAAGAACACCUCAAGCUCUGUCAAACGCAAACACGACGGCGACACAG